AUGCCUACUACAGCGACCUCAACUUCAACGCCAAUCAUAUCAGCAACAACCUCAACGAACAGUACUUAUUCUCAACAUCAACUCAAUGAAACCUCUCGAUUAUCCCAGCAAGGUCAUUUGUCAACCAUAUCACCGCCUAUUUCACCAGCUAUUACUGCACACACAACUACUACUAGUGUCACUAAAAGUAAUACUUUAAACGAAGAGAUUAGAAAUGUGGUUGCCGCUGUGCAAUUUAAUGACCCGAAGGCGGAUGAUGAAGAGGAUGAACAACAAAAAGCAUAUAAAGAUUUAAUAAAGCAAUUGGCGGCUCAAGCACCUGAGCCUUAUGGAGCUAUUCCACCAUUAUUGAAAAAGAAGAAAAAGAAGAAGCAAAAAGAUAAAGAUGGAAAGAAACGAUCCGGAGAGCAUAGUAGCAAGAAAAAGGCGAAGAAGGAUAAUGAUAGUAGCAUUGGUACUAGCAAUCAAAAGAGGAGAAGAAGCAGUAAACACAAUGAAGGAGACGAUAAAGUGCCUAUACGACAAAUGUCGCAUGUUGAGAACUGGCUUGCCCUAGACAGUAAAGAGAGUAUACCUGAUGAAGAGGAUUUGAUACCUGCUUCACCUUUCCAAAAUUUCUUAUCCACAGAUUUUUUAGUAUUACCAUUACAUAUGCCACCACCUUCUUUAAGCGCCAUCGCAACACAGAGGGAGGAAGAAAACCGACGGCAGCAGCAACAGCAGCAGAAACAGCUACAUUUACCGAUGAAGAAGAAAUCAGCAGAUCUAAGGCCCAUUUUGUAUCCAGUGAAAAGUCCCAAUGUACAAGUGAUACCUAUUCAACAAGCAGCAAAUAACUUGGACUCUGAUGAAGAGGAAGAAGAAGAAAUUGAGGAUAUAGUAGAUUUGGAUGACGCUGAGGACGAAGAGGAUGAGGAAGAUGAGGAGGAGGACGAUAUGACGGAUACAGAAGAGGAAAGUGACAUGAGUAUUAGAAUAGGAGAGAAUGGUAUACAAAUGACUAGAAAGACGUCAAUACCAUCUUUUUCAAAAUCGCAUGAGCCAUCCACGUCUACGACAAAUACUUAUGCAAUGUCUACUUCGCCGCCUUCUUCAGCUACCACAACUACCUCUACUACUGCCGUUAAUACGGCAGCAUUAUCACAAUCAUCCAUAACUACAAAUUUACAACAUAAAGAGUCUUCCAUUACAUCGCCAACAACAUCACCCUUGAUGUCGCCAUCUACCAGUACAAAUAUUACAAAGAAUAGUACACGUUGGCUAGAAACAAUUGCACAGUUAAAAAGAUCGCUCGUAUUAUCUACAUCAUCCUCGUCAUCUCCUAUUGAUAAUAAUAAUAAUAAUAACACUGCUGAAAACAAAAAUUUUUUGAAUAACUCCAAAAAACCACCUCAUUUCAUUCCAAUGCCUCCAUCACCAAAGCCAUUACAGCAACGCCGGAAAAGAAGAUCAGAAGCAACCACACAACCAAGAUUUAAUCCUGAAACGAAUACAUAUACUCGUGAUACCCGUUCUAAUCCAGAUCAUCUGCGAAUGAUUUCUGCAGAAUUAAAUAUGAUGCGGCAUAGAAAAUUAUCUUCUCCUCUAAAGCCGAGAGGUUUUCUACCCAGGAGAACAGAUACUUUUAUACGUGGUGAAAAUAGAAAGUUAUCAAAUUUGAAGUAUGAGGCAAUAAUACGUCCUUGA